GAGAGCCGAUCCCACGGCAGACCGUUUACCUUCGGUAGUAAAAUCCGUGAGGACAACUCAGUUGUUUUCCUCAGUUGUUGCUGUCGGAUGAGAGCCUUCACACCCUCACUGACGCUGCUUUUCUUUCUCUAACCACACAGGUCACCUCCUGAGAGCCCGCCUCUUGGAUGACCUGGCCUACGACGCGUGGUCAGCAAGACUGGGAGUUCUCGUGGCCGUGCGCCAGCACUCCCUGCUGCUGUCCGUGUAUGUGUCCGUGGAACUCGGGGGCUCUUUGGAGCUGUUGUUUACGUGGAAGUUGUGAGCCGUUGUGAACCGCUUAAAGGAGUGGACGUUGCUAGCAAUGAGCUCCCAAAGCCAUCCAGAUGGACUUUCUGGCCGAGACCAGCCUGUGGAACUGCUAAACCCUGCCCGCGUGAACCACAUGCCCAGCACGGUGGAUGUGGCCUCCGCGCUGCCGUUGCAGGUCGCGCCCCCGGCGGCGCCCAUGGACCUCCGCCUGGACCACCAGUUCGCGCUGCCCGUGGCGGAGCCCACCCUCCGGGAGCAGCAGCUGCAGCAGGAGCUGCUGGCCCUCAAGCAGAAGCAGCAGCUCCAGCGGCAGAUCCUCAUUGCCGAGUUCCAGAGGCAGCACGAGCAGCUCUCCCGGCAGCACGAGGCCCAGCUGCACGAGCACAUCAAACAACAGCAGGAGCUGCUGGCCAUGAAGCACCGGCAGGAGCUUCUGGAGCACCAGCGGAAGCUGGAGAGGCACCGCCAGGAGCAGGAGCUGCAGAAGCAGCACCGGGAGCAGAAGCUGCAGCAGCUCAAGAACAAGGAGAAGGGCAAAGAGAGUGCCGUGGCCAGCACAGAAGUGAAGAUGAAGCUUCAGGAGUUUGUCCUCAAUAAAAAGAAGGCGCUGGCCCACCGGAACCUGAACCACUGCAUCUCCAGCGACCCGCGCUACUGGUACGGGAAAACACAGCACAGCUCCCUCGACCAGAGCUCCCCGCCCCAGAGUGGGGUGUCGGCCUCCUACAACCACCCGGUCCUGGGAAUGUACGACACCAAAGACGAUUUCCCGCUCAGAAAAACAGCCUCUGAACCCAAUUUGAAAUUGCGGUCCAGGCUAAAGCAGAAGGUGGCCGAAAGACGGAGCAGCCCACUGCUACGCAGAAAAGACGGGCCCGUGGUUACCGCUCUAAAGAAGCGUCCAUUGGAUGUCACAGACUCGGCCUGCAGCAGCGCCCCGGGCUCCGCGCCCAGCUCGCCCAACAACAGCUCCGGGAAUGUCAGCACCGAGAACGGGAUCGCGCCUGCCGUCGCGAGCAUCCCCGCCGAGACCAGCUUGGCCCACAGGCUCGUGACUCGAGAAGGUUCCGUGGCCCCGCUCCCCCUCUACACGUCACCGUCCUUGCCCAACAUCACGCUGGGACUGCCCGCCACCGGCCCUUCCGCUGGGACGGCAGGUCCGCAGGAGGCCGACAGGCUCACUCUCCCCGCCCUCCAGCAGCGGAUCUCCCUCUUUCCCGGCACGCACCUCACCCCCUACCUGAGCACGGCGCCCCUGGAGCGGGACGGUGGGGCUUCACACAACCCGCUGCUACAGCACAUGGUCUUACUGGAGCAGCCGCCUACGCAGACGCCCCUCGUCACAGGCCUGGGCGCGCUGCCCCUGCACGCGCAGGCGCUGGUGGGAGCGGACCGCGUGUCCCCGUCCGUGCACAAGCUGCGGCAGCACCGCCCGCUGGGACGCACGCAGUCGGCCCCGCUGCCCCAGAACGCGCCGGCCCUGCAGCACCUGGUCAUCCAGCAGCAGCACCAGCAGUUUCUGGAGAAGCACAAGCAGCAGUUCCAGCAGCAGCUGCACAUGAGCAAGAUUAUCCCCAAACAGAGCGAGCCGGCCCGGCAGCCCGAGAGCCAUCCCGAGGAGACGGAGGAGGAGCUUCGUGAGCACCAGGCCCUCCUGGAGGAGCCCUACCUGGACCGGCUCUCUGGGCAGAAGGAGGCACACGCUCUGGCCGGCGUCCAAGUGAAGCAGGAGCCCAUCGAGAGUGAUGACGAGGAGGCGGAGCCCCUGCGGGAGGUGGAGUCGGGCCAGCGCCAGCCCACCGAGCAGGAGCUGCUCUUCAGACAGCAAGCCCUCCUACUGGAACAGCAGCGUAUCCACCAGCUGAGGAACUACCAGGCGUCCAUGGAGGCGGCCGGCAUCCCCGUGUCCUUCGGCGGCCACCGGCCUCUGUCCCGGGCGCAGUCGUCCCCGGCGUCUGCCACCUUCCCCAUGUCCGUGCAGGAGCCCCCCACCAAACCGAGGUUCACCACAGGCCUCGUGUACGACACGCUGAUGCUGAAACACCAGUGUACCUGUGGGAACACCAACAGCCACCCCGAGCACGCGGGGCGUAUCCAGAGCAUCUGGUCUCGGCUGCAGGAGACGGGCCUCCGGGGCAAAUGCGAGUGCAUCCGCGGACGGAAGGCCACCCUGGAGGAGCUGCAGACGGUGCAUUCGGAGGCGCACGCCCUGCUCUAUGGCACGAACCCCCUCAACAGGCAGAAACUGGACAGUAAGAAACUUCUAGGCUCGCUAACCUCGGUGUUUGUCAGGCUGCCCUGCGGUGGUGUCGGGGUGGACAGCGACACCAUAUGGAACGAGGUGCACUCGUCGGGCGCGGCCCGCCUGGCCGUGGGCUGCGUGGUGGAGCUGGUCUUCAAGGUGGCCACGGGGGAGCUGAAGAACGGCUUUGCCGUGGUCCGCCCCCCAGGACACCACGCGGAGGAGAGCACGCCCAUGGGGUUCUGCUACUUUAAUUCCGUAGCCAUCGCAGCCAAGCUUCUCCAGCAACGGCUGGACGUGAGCAAGACCCUCAUCGUGGACUGGGACGUGCACCACGGAAAUGGAACCCAGCAGGCCUUCUACAACGAUCCCAACGUCCUCUAUAUCUCCCUUCACCGCUAUGACGAUGGCAACUUCUUCCCGGGCAGUGGGGCGCCAGACGAGGUGGGCACAGGCCCAGGUGUGGGCUUCAACGUCAACAUGGCUUUCACUGGCGGCCUCGAUCCCCCCAUGGGAGACGCGGAGUAUUUGGCGGCCUUCAGAACCGUGGUCAUGCCCAUCGCCAGCGAGUUCGCCCCAGACGUGGUGCUCGUGUCUUCAGGCUUCGACGCCGUGGAGGGCCACCCCACGCCGCUCGGCGGCUACAACCUCUCCGCCAGAUGUUUCGGGUACCUGACGAAGCAGCUGAUGGGCCUGGCUGGCGGCCGGAUUGUUCUGGCCCUGGAGGGGGGCCACGACCUCACGGCCAUCUGCGACGCCUCGGAAGCAUGUGUUUCUGCUUUGCUGGGCAACGAGCUUGAUCCUCUCCCGGAAAAGGUUCUGCAGCAGAGACCCAAUGCUAACGCUGUCCGGUCCAUGGAGAAAGUCAUAGAAAUCCACAGCCAGUACUGGCGCUCCCUGCCGCGCCUCUGCUCCACGGUGGGACACUCUCUGGUAGAGGCCCAGAAGUGCGAGAACGAGGAAGCCGAGACCGUCACCGCCAUGGCCUCGCUGUCCGUGGGCGUGAAGCCCGCGGAGAAGAGACCGGACGAGGAGCCCAUGGAAGAGGAGCUGCCCCUGUAGCCUCCCCCGGAGCUGCGGUUCUCUUGUCUGUCUGUCCCUGUCUUGAAGCUCCGCCAAGAACAGCUCCUGUUUCUCUGCGGCCUGCCCGCGAUCUCUGGCCAGGGCUUGAGCGGCAGCGGGGAGCCCUCCCUGCCCGGCCCCCGGGCCCCCCCCGGGCGGGCAGCAUUGCGCGGAACCGGGACAGACGCCGGCCGCGCAGACACACGGACACACACGCGGCCAGGCUCUCGGCUCCCGGAGGGAAGCCGCGGAGGAGGGAGGCCCGUGCGGCUCGCGGCACAGCCGCCCACUUCGACGCCACGAGGGAAGGAAAACGGAAAUCAAAGAUCUGAUAACACAAAACGGACUCGAUUAAAACUGGUGCUUACAGUUGAUUAUCACCCACAAUUCCACAGUCUCCGUGUAAACCACUCAACUCAUCCCGUAGCUUCUUUUUUUCUUUAACGAGAACGUUCUCUAGGCCCCGGCCGCCUCCGUGGCCCGCAGCGGCGGGGUCUGCGGCCGGGCGGGGGGGCGGAGUGGACACGCGCAGGAACGUGAGCCUGCGGGACCGGCUUGCUCUCUCAAAGCCAUCGGAAAGAUGCGAGUUUGUGCCUUUUUUUAUUGCUCUGAGGAUUUUUUUUUGUGCUGGGGUUUCUGAAGUCUGAGGAACAAUGCCUUAAGAAAAAAUAAACAGCAGAAUCGGUGGGACAGUUUGGGCCUGGCGGGGGAGGGGGGGGGCCCACGCGCCCCGAG